GCCUGGCACCACUGCUGGAUCCAGCACAGUUUCUCGUGCGUCUGCAGUGACUCAUUGAAACAUCAUCAUCUGUGAUAAUACCGCAUCUCUCGUCUGUCUCUCGCGCACACACACACACACGCGCGCGCGCGCGCAGGAGGUAGAGUCGGGCUGUUAAGGCAGCAUCGCACUCGCGCUUUCUCAUUUCGGAUAUGAACAGCAGCGACCAAUUGGACGUGGAUUUAAGUGCACGUUUGUCUGGACCUGCAGACGGGAGUUAAGACGGCUGAGGCAUUCAGCAAGCUGGAGCUAAGGUGUCUAGAACUUUUCCUGUUCUGGAUGUUAGGACCUGAGCUUCAACAACAGACAUUAACCUAAAUUCUCAGGAUGGGGAAUUCUGAGAAAGUCACGAUAUUUGGCCAGGACGCUGUCUCACAGCUUUCAGCUUGAGGAAGAGAAACAAGCAAGGGGCGGUGAGGAACUUGUGGGUGGACUUCAACCAUGACCGACCAGGCUCAAUACAGCAGGAGCGUGUCAGCUUGCAGAGGCCCUUCAUGGAUGUAUCCCACCAUGGCUUUUUUGCUGCUCUGGAUGGUGCUCAUGUCCAUCUGUGUGGUCGGCGUCCAAGGUCAGCAGUUCCCCGUAGUCACCACCAACUAUGGGAAAUUGCGGGGCGUAAAGGUCACAUUACCCAAUGAGAUCCUGGGACCAGUGGAACAGUAUCUAGGGAUUCCAUAUGCAUUGGCCCCAACUGGGGAACGGAGAUUUCAGGCGCCGGAGCCACCCAUGUCCUGGCCAGGCAUCAGGAAUGCUACUCAUUUUGCUCCCGUUUGCCCUCAGUUUUUGGAAGAUCGCUUCUUACACAACGAUAUGCUCCCUGUGUGGUUCACGGCCAACUUGGAUACGGUGGUAACCUACGUCCAAGAGCAGAGCGAGGACUGCCUUUAUCUGAACGUCUAUGUCCCCACCGAGAAUGAUAUCCACGACGAAAAUGGGCUAAAGCCGGUCAUGGUUUACAUUCAUGGUGGCUCCUUCAUGGAGGGUACCGGCAACAUGAUUGAUGGCAGCAUCCUGUCGAGCUACGGCAACGUCAUUGUCAUCACAAUCAACUAUCGUCUCGGGGUUCUGGGGUUUCUGAGCACUGGGGACCAGGCAGCCAAGGGCAACUACGGCCUGCUGGAUCAAAUCCAGGCUCUCAGGUGGAUCAAGGAAAAUAUCCAGGCUUUCAAAGGAGACCCAAAGCGAGUAACUAUUUUCGGUUCUGGUGCCGGGGCCUCCUGUGUCAGCCUGCUGACCCUCUCGCAUUACUCUGAAGAUAUGUUCCAGAAAGCCAUCAUUCAGAGCGGCACGGCACUCUCCAGUUGGGCAGUCAACUACCAGCCUGCAAAGUACACGCGAGCCCUGGCAGAGAAGGUGGGCUGCAACGUGCUGGACUCCAUUGACCUGGUGCAGUGCCUGCAGAACAAGAACUACAAGGAGCUGAUUGAGCAAUAUGUGACGCCAGCAAAGUACCACAUUGCCUUCGGUCCUGUGAUUGAUGGGGAUGUGAUCCCCGACGACCCCCAAAUCCUCAUGGAGCAAGGCGAGUUCCUCAACUACGACAUUAUGCUAGGCGUCAAUCAAGGCGAGGGAUUCAAGUUUGUGGAUGGGAUCGUGGACAGUGAGGAUGGCGUCUCAGCCAAUGAUUUUGACUUUGCUGUGUCUGACUUUGUGGACCAUUUGUACGGCUACCCCGAGGGCAAGGACACUCUGCGUGAGACAAUCAAGUUCAUGUACACCGACUGGGCAGACAAGGAAAAUCCAGAAACACGACGCAAGACCCUUGUGGCACUGUUCACAGACCACCAGUGGGUGGCGCCAGCAGUGGCUACAGCUGACCUCCAUGCCCAAUAUGGCUCCCCUACUUACUUUUAUGCUUUUUACCAUCACUGCCAGAGUGACAUGAAGCCCAGUUGGUCUGACUCAGCUCAUGGUGACGAAGUACCCUAUGUAUUCGGGAUUCCGAUGAUUGGCCCGACGGAGCUCUUCAACUGUAAUUUCUCCAAGAAUGAUGUGAUGCUGAGUGCUGUUGUCAUGACCUACUGGACUAACUUUGCCAAAACAGGGGACCCGAAUCAGCCAGUUCCACAGGAUACAAAGUUCAUUCACACAAAGCCCAACAGGUUUGAGGAGGUCGCCUGGACAAAGUACAACCCCAAAGACCAGCUCUACCUUCAUAUUGGUCUCAAACCUCGAGUCCGAGACCACUACCGUGCGACCAAGGUUGCCUUUUGGCUGGAACUGGUGCCGCAUCUCCACAACAUCAAUGAAUUUUUCCAAUACGUGUCAACCACCACGAAAAUACCGCCGCAAGACACCACACCUUACCCUUACACCAAGCGAUUCCCAAACAAAAACAACUGGCCCUCCACUACUCGCCAUCCGGGUUUGCCGUCCACCAACACCAAGCACAACACGGACCGGCGCAAAAGCGGUGACUUCGCCGAGGAGUCCACCGUGGUGAUCGAGACCAAGCGGGACUACUCCACCGAGUUAAGCGUCACCAUCGCUGUGGGUGCCUCCCUUCUGUUCUUGAACAUCCUGGCCUUUGCCGCUUUGUACUACAAGAAAGACAAGCGACGGGCCGACUCAAGCCGCCACGUCCCCACCCCGCAACGCAACUCAACGCCGGCCAGCGCGCCCUCCGCCGCCAACGACAUGGCCCACCUGCAGAGCGAGGAGCUGAUGUCGCUGCAGAUGAAGCAGCUGGAGCACGAGCACCACCGCGAGUGCGAGUCCAUGCAGGCUCACGACACGCUGCGCCUGGCUUGCCCGCCCGACUACACUCUCACUCUACGCCGCUCUCCGGACGACGUACCGCUGAUGACACCCAGCACCAUCACCAUGAUCCCCAACUCACUGGCUGGCAUGCAGCCUCUGCACAACUUCAAUACUUUUGGGGCCACCCAGAACAGUACCAACCUUCCCCAUGGCCACUCCACGACACGGGUAUAGCUCUGUUGGGACCAGACCAGGCCAGAUUCACGCUUGAAGCAAGAACCGACAUGGUAAAGGCAAAUGGAAGUGGUGAAGCACAGACUCCAAAGUUCAAACAGAUGUUAUUUUGCUACGCUGCCUUCUUGAAGUAUAUAUAUGGUAUCAAUUGAUGUCUUUUUAACAUAGAAAAUCUGAAUUGUGAAUGUUCUAUAGUAAUAACUAUUUGGAGCUAAGCUUCUUGAACUUUUUUCAGAGUUUUACCAAAAGAAAAAACCAAGCAGUAACUGAUUGUUGCUAUGCAUCUUCUACAAAACACAACAAUUGCAUUGCGACAAGGACAUAAAAAGACAACUUCUGGAAUAUUGUGUUUUAUUAAUUAUAAAUGUAUCAGACUCCUUACUGCGGGGGUGUCCACACUUUUUUCCAUGAAGGGGCCGCAUACCAAAAAAAAAAAAAAAAAAAUCAAAGGAUGUGGGAACCAUUUUGAUGUUUUUUAUUUUGUAAAAAAAAAAAAUGCUAAAACCAAUCCAGUGUGCGAAGAAGUUAAAUAGUGGUGGUCCUCCGUUUAUGAGGUUUCAGUUUUUGAGAUUUCGGUUUACAGUGUUUUGCUUUAUGACAUUUUGUGGCUAAGAAGUUAAAUGCAGGUGGUUCUCAGUUUAUGAUGACGAUUCGGUGUAUGACUUUUGUGGUUAAGGACUAGUGCGACACCACUGAUUCCCCUUCCGAUCAAGUCAAAUUCAGGCUGAUAUUGGCAAUACCGAUAUGAUAUGGAUACUUUUUGCAAAUACACCUAAUGUGUCUGUAAAUUUAUAAAGUCGUCCCUCGUUUGUGGCAGUUAAUUGGUUCGGGACCCGACCGCGAUAAAUUAAUUUCCGUGAUAUAGGAUUCGAUGUUAAUAAACGGAAUGUUUUUGUAGUUAGAGCAUAUAAAACCUGUUUACGACUUUCUAAAUACAUUUUUUUUACACUAUUAGCGCCCUGUAGACACGAAAUAACACCCCUAUAGUCACCAUUACACUCCUAUUAUUCAUUGUUUAUACACAAGCUAGUGAGCUAACAAGCUAGUGAGCUAACAAGCUAGUGAGAACUUAAGAAAGGGUUUCAAACAGAGGGAAGAAGGACAAAGUAAGAAGCUACAAACAUUUCCACACGGAAUGGGAGCAGAACGCUUUUUUCGCUCUGCAUCCAUGGAACGCUACAUCAAGUACAAGGUAGGGUAAUGUAAUAAGGAUGGAUGUUUCAUCCAUGUAACAUUACCUGCCUUGUGGCCAGAAUACUACGUAUCACUUGCAUUUCAAUAUGGUUUGACUAAUAUUAGACCAGAGUCUAACACGAAACAGUGAUAAUUAAUUCAUUAAUUAAUGUCUGGAAGGGAGGGGAAGGGACGACUGCAGUGUAUUUCAAAUCACAGUAUCGCUCAUAGCAUGAAGAAUAUUAGACAUCAGAGUAGUUUAUUUAUUUUAAACUCUGAUGCAAGGUACCUUAAUAUGCAUCAGUCAAAGCUAAUAUACAACAACAGAAAAAUCAGAGGUAUUGUUAAGAACACAGUAUGAACUUACCCAUGCGUAUCAUUGAGACAAGCGUUCAAGAAUUGUAUUGUAUUGUAUUGUAUUGUAUGUACUUUAUUUAUCCCACAGCGGGGAAAUUAACUUGUUACAUCAGCAAGCAAGCAAGAUACGCAAGUAAAGAGUACAGUGUAAAGAAUGCAUAGUGACUACAACAUGGUUCAGGUGGUGCAGGUGUUGUAGAGCCUGACAGCAGUCGGUAUGAAGGACCUGCGGAACCUCUCCUUCUUACACUGUGGGUGUAACAGUCUGCUGCUGAAGGAGCUGCUCAGGGAAACAACAGUGUCAUGUAGCGGGUGAGAGGUGUUGUCCAUGAUGGAUGUCAGCUUAGCCAACAUCCUUCUCUCGCCCACUUCCUCCACGGAGUCCAGAGGACCGUCCAGGACAGAGCUCGCUCUCCUGAUCAGCCUAUUGAUCCUGCUCCUGUCCCUUUCCGUGCUGCCCCCUCUCCAGCAGCCCACAGCAUAGAAGAUGGCUGAGGCCACCACAGAGUCAUAAAAGGUCCGUAAAAGAGUCCUGCACACAUCAAAGGACCUCAGUCUCCUCAGCAGGUGGAGGCGACUCUGGCCCUUCUUGUAGAGGGCGUGGGUGUUGACGGACCAGUCCAGCUUGUUGUUAAGGUGAACACCCAGGAAUUUGUAGCUGUCCACCAACUCUAUGUCCGCUCCCUGGAUGUUCACCGGUGUAAAGUGAGAUGUCUUCCUCUGGAAGUUAAUGAUCAUCUCCUUUGUCUUGCUGGUGUUGAGUUGCAACUGGUUAAGCUCACUCCAGCUGACAAAGUCCCUGAUGACUGUCCUGUAUUCCAGAUCAUUCCCCUCUGAAACACAACCAACAGUGGCUGUGUCAUCGGAGAACUUCUGGAUGUGACACUGUGUGGAGUUGUGUGUGAAGUCCGAGGUGUAGAGGGUGAAGAGGAAAGGGGAGAGCACCGUACCCUGAGAGGCACCUGUGCUGCAGAGUACCAUGUCAGACACACAGUGACGGAGCCUCACAUACUGUGGUCUGUUGGUGAGGUAGUCUAUAACCCAUCCAGUCAGGUGUUGGUCCACUCCCACACUCUCCAUCUUCACUCAGAGUAGUGACGGCUGGAUGGUGUUGAAGGCACUGGAGAAGUCAAAAAACAUGACCCUCACAGCGCUCCCGCUGUCCUCCAGGUGUAGCAGUGAUCUGUGCAGCAGGUAGAUCACUGCGUCAUCCACUCCGAUCCGAGGCCGGUAAGCAAACUGCAGGGGGUCCAGCUGAGUGCCCACCAGGGGUCGCAGGUGCUGCAGGAUAAUCCUCUCCAUGGUCUUCAUCAGGUGAGAGGUCAAGGCAACAGGCCUGAAGUGGUUAGGCUCCUUGGGACGCGGUGUCUUUGGGAUCGGGACCACACAGGAGGUCUUCCACAGGGCCGGGACUUUCUCCAGGCUCAGGCUGAGAUUGAACAAGUGCCUGAGAACUCCACAGAGCUGGUCAGCACAGUCCUUGAGGAUUCUAGGGCUGAUACCGUCCGGUCCCGGGGCCUUCCUUGCCUUGAUCUUCCUCAGCUGACUUCUCACCUGAUCAUCAGUUAUGGAGAGGGGAGUAGAGGAUGGCUGGGAUGGGGAUGUGGGGGUAAAGAGUGAGUUACUUUCUGCUGUGUUCUUCUUAAUGAUAUACUGCACAUCACCUCAAAUGACUGAUGUUUCCAUGUUUUGAUUUGAGAAUUGAUUUUCCAGCAUAAAAAUCUGGUAUCGGAGGUAUCGAUAUUUCAGUAUCGAUCCGCACAUCACUCUUACCAACAUCCAUCCAUCCAUCCAUUUCCCUCCGCUUAUCGCGGGGGCAGCAGUGUCAGUAGGGAAGCCCAGACUUCCCGGUCCCCGGCCACCUCCAGCUCCACCGACAGGACACGAAGGCGUUCCCAGGCCAGCUGUGAGACAUAAUCCCUCCAGCGUGUCCUAGGUCUGCCCCGGGGCCUUGUCCCGGCUGGGCAUGCCACCUCACCAGGGAGGGGUCUGGGAGGCAUCCGGACUAGAUGCCCGAGCUACCUCAACUGGCUCCUCUCGAUGUGAAGGAGCAGCGGCUCUACUCUGAGCCCCUCCCGGAUGACCGAGCUCCUCACCCUAUCUCUUAGGGCGAAUCCAGCUAUCCUACGGAGGAAACUCAUUUCAGCCACUUGUAUCCGCGUAGACCCACCACCUGCGGGCACAAGCAUAAGGGUCCAGUGCAUUGUGCUUUGGGUGGCGGUCGAGGGAGGGCGCCUGGUCUUCGGCAGCCAAAUCUGGUUCUUGGGACUAUUACAAACACUCACAUAAAUUCAUUUUUAAAAAAUUUAAAACAUAAGAUUUACUUGAGAACUAGCUACAGCGCACGCCGGCGGAAGAGUACGCGCCACUUGCAGCAGAAGAAUGUGUUGUGUGCCUCGUGCUGGGCAUCCACACUGAGGAAGAAUAACAUCGCUUAUUAGUUUGCUUUUUGCACUUUAUUUUUUCUCCUAAAAGGAAAGCCGUUACCUUGGAAGUGAAAAAGCUCUGAAAGAGGAGACACGCUCACUUGUCUACCAUAAAUAUUAUUGAAUGCUAGAGGGGUCAUGGAUUCUGUGCGCUGUCAUGAGGAGAAGAGAGGUUAUCAUAUGGAACAAUAUUUUAAGAAGGUACAAAAAAGCCUGCAAGAUGACCACAUGGAUAAAAGUAAGGCGUUGUUCUCAUUUUAUUACUCUUUCGUUUAAUCUUUUUAUUACUGUACAGUGGAACAUCAAUUAGCGUCUUUUUUGGUUGAAAGUUUAUGCCAAAAUUUUAGCAUGCAAUUAGCAUACAAUAUGACAUGCGUCUUCUCGUGUUAUUAAAACACUGCAUCAGUCCAACUGUGUUCUUAAUAUAGUUUCAUCACAAAACGUCCUUGUUAGCAGCCUUUUAGCUUGCUUACACAAGAAGCGUAAGUCACCCAUCCAUGAUGUCAUCAGCGGGGGACUCUGUAGUUUGUUGCUAGCUAACAGAUACACCACAAGUCGCUGCUUUUCUUUUGAUCACAUCUGCAAAAUAAGCCACAAUGGAGCUAAAAAAAAAAGUUGUGUCAGUAUUUUGAUAAAGUUGAGAAACACUAUUGAAUUCAAGAAAUAACUCAUGGCAAAACACGAAGGUGGUUUCCAUGUUGAUCUCACUGCCUCACUGCCGUCUUUAGCAUCCAAUCACAUUUUCAAUGAAAGUAAAAGUAACCUUAAAUGUUCAUGUAUCCCUUUCAUUCCUCAUUUAUAUGCGUUUUGAAAUAUUUUCUGCAUGUAAAACUUUAAAAACGUGUUUUUUGUUAACAUUUUUGGCUUUCUGUGACAGAUUGAUUAGAUUUACAUUAUUUCCAUUCAUCUUCCACUUAUCCAAGGUCAGAUCGCGGGGGCAGCAGCAUAAGCAGGAAAGUCCAGACUAUUCUUCUCCCCGGCUACUCCAUCCUCUCGGCGGAUCCUGAGGCAUUCCCACGGCAGUUGAAAUACACAGUCUCUGUCCCGGGUCUUCCCCGAGGCCUCCUACAGGUCGGAUGUGCCCUGAACACUUCCCCAGGGAGGCGUGCGGGAGGCAUCCUGACCAGAUGCCCGAGCCACCUCAUCUGGCUCCUCUCAAUGCAGAGGGGCAGCGGUUUGGCUCCCAGUUUCUCCCAGUGCUCAGUGCUCCUCAUCUCAAAUUGAAAGCUCAGCAACCCUACAGAGGAAACUCAUUUUGGCUAUCCGCGAUCUUGUCUUUUAAGGUACUAAACAAAGCUUAUGACUAUAUGUGAGGGUAGGAACAUGGGUCCCUCUUCACCACAACCGAUGCAGAGACCGCAUCACUGCAGACUCUGCACCAAUCCGCCUGUCAAUCUCGCAUUCCAUCCUUCCCUCACUCGUGAACAAGACCACAAGGUACUUAAACUCUUCCACUUGGGGCAGGAGCUCAUCCCCAACCCAAAGAUGCCCCUCCACCCUUUUCCGGCCGAGAGCCAUGGACUCAGAAUUGGAAAUGCUGAUUCUCGUACCAGUCGCUUCAUACUCGGCUGCGAAGCGAUCCAGUGAGAGUUGAAGAUCAUGGCCCGAUGAAGCCACUAGGACCACAUCAUCUACAAAAAGCUGAGACCCAACCCUGCAGCCUGCAGUUGAUCCCCUCAGUGCCUCGGCUGUACCUGGAAAUUCUGUCCAUCAAAGUAAUAAACAGAGUCAGUGACAAAGGGCAGACCUGGCAGAGUCCAACCCUCACUGGAAACAAGUCAGACUUAUUGCCGGCAAUGCAACCAAGGUCUGACACCGGUCAUACAGGAAACGAACCCCCGGAAUUAUGUCGUCUGGUACCCCAUACUUCUGGAAUACUCCCCUCAGGACUCCUUCUCCAAGUCCACAAAACACAAACACAAAUUGGCAAACUCCCAUCAAGGACCCUGCCGAGACUUUAGAGUUGGCCCACAGUUCCAUGACCAGGACGAAAACUACACUGCUCCUCCUGAAUCCGACAUUCAACUAUCCGGCAAAUUUAUACAAUCUUUUAUGGGAAGAAUUGAUUAGGUUUGAGAGCGUUUCAGUUAGAGUGGGACCUUCUGGAACGUUAUAAUGACACUAACCAAGGUUCCACUGUAUUUUAUAUGUCCUUCAUGUGUUCUGUGCAGAGUGUGAGUAACUUAGGAGUUAAUUUUGGUGUAAGUUCCGACUUACACUAAAACUCGCCUUACGUCACCACCGUCUAGGAAUGGAACGCGAGGACCACCUAUAUACAUUUCCAGAAAAAACAACAGUGUCUCUACACAUCAUGAAAAUUGAGUUGUUGGACACCCCGUGUUAGAAGAAGAAAGAAAAAAAGAAAAUAUAUGUGGCAAUUUACUUUAACAAAUUGUUCUGAUGCUAUUUUCUUUGGGCUAUUUUGCUCUCAACUUUUUAUUGAGGUGUAAAUACUGUAUAUCUAAACAGUUUUCAUUCAAACAAUUGUCAUUCCCCCCCCCCACCCUUUUUUUCCCAGUACAACCAAAACAAUGUAAGAAAAGGACAAAAUGUAACAUAUUGUUAUAUAGUUUGUGAGAUUCUUUUGAGGUGGCAUAACACAUCCGUAAAGAACUUUAAUCAUCUCAAGUCCAUACUUCUGUCUGAGAAUUGGGAUAUGAUGUGAUCACCUGGCAGCUGGUUUUGCUUCCAGAAGUUUUUUUGUGGUCUUUCUGUCUUUUUUUUUCCUCCGUUUUUUUGGGUCUCUGCCUACAAUGCGGUGCGAAAGGCAUCAUUGCAGACUUUGUUUUAAAAAAAGGCAGUGCUGAUAUUAGUUUUAAUAGAAUAAAUGUUGGAAUAUUUGUUCAUAUACAGUAUUUCAAGUUGCAAUCAUAUGCUAGCAAUAUGUAAAAUAUUGUGUCGGCCUUGUGCUAUAUUUUGGGUGACAAAGCAAGUGAAUGAAUGUAAAUAUUCAUGAUAUUUAAUAAUAUAAAAUGAAAUUGCUAAUGUUCAUUUGGUUUUGCAUCUGUUAUGAUACAACUGGGAAGAAAUAUUUGCUCAAUUUAAUUCUAUACAAAAAAACUUGAAAAGACCUUUGAGCACCUUUGGAUAUGGUUACUUAAUGAUAUUUGUUUGCUGUUUUGCCUUAAGUGAUAAUAAGAGAUAUUUCUGGCUGGACACCUGUAUAAAGUUUUUCUGCAAUGUUUUCUAAUAAAAUAUCAAAGUAUUUUCUAUAAAGAGAGAGGAAAAACAAUUUGAAAAGCUAGUUUUAUUUGUGUCCACUUUUUCAACGUGAAAGUAAAGGUCAGAUCACUUGGUACAGUUUUGUGUACUUGGUCACGAUAUGGUUCAUUUUUGUUUGGUUGUAAAUACAGUCGUGCCUUGGUGAGAGUCAUUCGACUCAAACCAAAACAGACUCUAAUCAAGGCAAGUUUUUUCAUAGAAAAUUAUGUAAAUCCAAUUAAUCUGUUCCAGACACCCAAAAAUUUUAACACAAAGCACAUUUUAUAGACAAUAAUUAUAGUUCGAGGGAAAGGCUUCUUGAGACGUCAUCUGUACUUCUGUGAAGAAGGUGUCGGAUGUUUCGCUCCUCAUCCGAAGAGCUUCGUCAGCGAACUA